UGGGGGCCGGGAACUCCCGCCUCCUCGAGGAACGCGUCCCGGCCGGCCGGCCGUCGUCGCAGCCGCCCGCCCGCUCCAGAGGUGGAGGAGCGAACGGGCCCCGCGGGCGUCACUUCAGCCCGCCACCGCCUCCCGUCAGCCGGAGCCGCGGCCGCUGCGACUCGGGCGAGCGUGGCCGGAGCGCAGAUUUGAUAAUGGGCUGCAUUAAAAGUAAGGAAGACAAAAGUCCAGCCAUUAAAUACAGAACUGAAAACGCUCCGGAGCCUGUCAGUAGUGGUGUCGGCCAUUACGGAGCAGAGCAUACUGCGGUGGCCCCGCCCUCUUCAGUGAAGGGCACAUCGGCGAACUUCAGCAGCCUCUCCCUAACACCAUUUGGGGGAUCCUCAGGGGUGACUCCUUUUGGGGGAGCAUCUUCCUCCUUCUCAGUGGUGCCCAGUUCUUAUCCUGCUGGUUUAACAGGUGGUGUUACUAUAUUUGUGGCCUUAUAUGAUUAUGAAGCUAGAACUACAGAAGACCUUUCAUUUAAGAAGGGUGAAAGAUUUCAAAUCAUUAACAAUACGGAAGGAGACUGGUGGGAAGCGAGAUCGAUCGCAACAGGAAAGAACGGCUACAUCCCCAGCAAUUAUGUGGCGCCUGCAGAUUCCAUUCAGGCAGAAGAAUGGUAUUUUGGCAAAAUGGGGAGAAAAGAUGCUGAACGAUUACUUCUGAAUCCUGGGAAUCAACAAGGUAUAUUCUUAGUAAGAGAAAGUGAAACUACUAAAGGUGCUUACUCCCUCUCUAUUCGUGAUUGGGAUGAGGUAAGGGGCGACAAUGUGAAACACUACAAAAUCAGGAAGCUUGACAGUGGUGGGUACUAUAUCACGACCAGAGCACAGUUUGAAACGCUGCAGAAAUUGGUGAAACACUACACAGAACAUGCUGAUGGUUUAUGCCACAAGUUAACAACUGUGUGUCCAACUGUGAAACCCCAGACUCAAGGUCUAGCAAAAGAUGCUUGGGAAAUUCCUCGGGAGUCUUUGCGACUAGAGGUCAAACUAGGACAAGGAUGCUUUGGUGAAGUAUGGAUGGGAACAUGGAAUGGAACCACAAAAGUAGCAAUCAAAACUCUAAAACCAGGCACAAUGAUGCCAGAAGCUUUUCUUCAAGAAGCGCAGAUAAUGAAAAAACUAAGACAUGAUAAACUUGUUCCACUCUAUGCUGUUGUUUCUGAAGAGCCAAUUUACAUUGUCACUGAAUUUAUGUCCAAAGGGAGCUUAUUAGAUUUCCUUAAGGAAGGAGAUGGAAAGUAUUUGAAGCUUCCACAGCUGGUCGAUAUGGCUGCUCAGAUUGCUGAUGGUAUGGCAUAUAUUGAAAGAAUGAACUACAUCCACCGAGAUCUUCGGGCUGCUAAUAUUCUUGUAGGAGAAAAUCUUGUGUGCAAAAUAGCAGAUUUUGGUUUAGCAAGAUUAAUUGAAGACAAUGAAUACACUGCAAGACAAGGUGCAAAAUUUCCAAUCAAAUGGACAGCUCCUGAGGCUGCACUUUAUGGUCGAUUUACAAUAAAGUCUGAUGUAUGGUCAUUUGGAAUUCUACAGACAGAACUUGUCACAAAGGGGAGAGUGCCAUAUCCAGGUAUGGUGAACCGCGAGGUGCUGGAGCAGGUGGAGCGGGGAUACAGAAUGCCCUGCCCUCAGGGCUGCCCAGAGUCACUCCAUGAAUUGAUGAACCUUUGCUGGAAGAAGGACCCUGAUGAAAGACCAACAUUUGAAUAUAUUCAGUCCUUCUUGGAAGACUACUUCACUGCUACAGAACCACAGUACCAGCCAGGAGAAAAUUUAUAACCCAAAUAGCCUAUUUUAUAUGCACAAAUCUGCCAAAAUGUAAAGAACUUGUAUAGAGUUCCUUGUGGACAGGAAUCAGAAGAAGGUCUUCUUCACUCUGCAUGUUUUUAAUGGUAAACUGGAAUUCCAGGUAUGGUUGCACAAAACCACUUUUUUUUUCUCCAAGUGUUAAACUUUAAAGUACCAAUGAUGAAUUUUUCAACUUAUUGCAGGGUCCAAAGACAGUAGAGCUAAGAUAUUGAUGACAGUGUGAGUGAUAGAAUGGUAGGGAAGAGCAGCAAGGCUACUGUUUUAAAUCAUUUCCUUUCUUUUCUUCCCCAAACUCAGAAUUAUUUUCUGUAAUAGACAUUAUUUCUCAUAAUUUUAAGAGAAACAUUUAUUAUUAAAGAUAAAACUUGGGAGGUAAAAAGUUAUACCGUAAGUAAAAUCUAAAGAAACUCAUAGGACCAAAUAAUUCCAUUCCAGUUUUUUUAAAAAAAUCUGUUGGAUUUAUUAUUCUCAAAAGUUUUUUUUCUAUGUUAAACAGUCAAUCUGCGGUCUUAACAUAUGCCUCCUUUUGUGUGGAAAUGGUCUAGGCUUUUCAAAAGCAAAAAAAAAGGAUUUUUAAACAGGAUUUAAAACUUGACUAAAUGUUACAGCACAGCAGUGUAAUGCACUAUGUUUAUACUCCGAUUCUUGGAACUGGAAAGUAGAAAAAAUUUUUUCACUGAAGUCAUUUUCUGAGUAGUUCAGUAUAGAAUAAUGAAGAUAACCUGAAAAAUGAGUUAAUCUGUUAUAUGGUUGCAUUGAUUUUUUUAAAGGCAGUAUAUAACUGAAAUUGUACUAUCCAAUCCAAGGGGAAAUCUUUUAAACUUUAGAUGGCAUGAAAAGUAAGACCCAACAUUUGAGCAGUCCAUUCUUUAAAAAUAGACUUGGUACUGUGAGAUGUUGCUAUUGUGUUCUUACGGUGAUGGGUGCCACAAAUAGAAAAAUCACUAGAUCAGGGACUUGAAUGCACUUUGCUUGUUUUAAAUAUAGACUGAGAGAGAGGGAAAAUGUAUUUAAAAGAAAUAUGAGAAAAGAACAUGUGAAAGUUUUACAGGUAGAGGGCUGGAAUGGAAUGUUUAAUGUUGAUGUCACAGGGGACAAAGUGGCUUUGCUGGCACUCAGAGCUCCUCACUUGUUUUACUGAGACUUAAAGAGUUAAAAGGUAUAUCUGUAAAACUAAUCUUUCUUAAUAUACAGCCUAAAUGAGUGUUAUGUCCUCAGAAUAGUGAAGUGAAGGCUUCACACUAAUUCCAGUGACAGCUUUUGUGCAAAAUCUUUUUAGAACUCUUUUCAAACCAUGUUUGAAUCUUCAUUCUUUUAGAAAAUAUACUUCAUGGUUAUUUUUCCCUUUAGGAAUGUAGUUGAUUUGGGGAGGAAAACUUACUCAGAAUAAUAACAUACGUAUUCAAACAAGGCCAGUUUUGACUAUUUGAAGCAUAAAAUGAAACAUGCAAAGUAAGACUGAUUUUUCCAACUAACCUAGAAAGAAAUUCCAAGAUGUGAAUUUGAAUAGCAGCAUUACUGGCUUAAGAGUCUAGCAGAGAAAAGCUGAAUUUGAUAAAUAAGUCUAGUAUUCCUGUUUUUAAAAAGUUUUAUAGUCACACAUUAAACCAUUAUAUAAGGUUCCUGUAUUUUCAGCAUAUAAUUUGUAGCUACCAUCACCCAUCUGAUUUAAUCAUGAAAUUAGAAAUUCUGUGCCAUGGUAUAGAUGUUCACAUCCAAGCCAUUUUAAAAUGGGCAAGUUGGCAACAGGACUGGUACUAAAAAGUAUGGUUGUGUCCUCUGUUUACAUAGCCUGUUAGUGUUGAAUCCCCUGACCAAGAGGGGCUUCCUGGGAAGAGCGGCGUCGUUAUUUCCCCUAACAUAGACAACCUGUGAUGUGAGUUUUUAAAGGGGCUUUAUGUGAACUAUGAUAUUGUAAUUUUUGUAAGCAUCUUCAAAGGAGUAGCAAAAUGAUGUUUAUUUACUAAUUCUGAUCAGGAAAAUUGAUGGUAUUCAUUAGAUUUUAACUGGAGCAGUUCCUUCUAAUCACAGUUGUACAGUCAGGAUAAAACACUAACUUAAUGUGUAUUCAUUUUAAAUUGUUAUGUAUUUUUACAUUGCCAAAAAACAUAAACUGUUUUGUAUAUUUGAAGCUUUUUCCAACAGCUUUCGUCUUCCGUGUCUCAAUGUGGAACUUAACCCUUACCAAAAGUAGAAGUUGGCAAAAACAGCCUUCUAGCAGAAAUACUUUUUUUAAUGAAUGACACCCUAAAACUUAAUAUUUUUAUAAAGUACUAUAUUGUUUUGUGGAUAAUUGAAAUAAAAAUUCUCAUUGAAUGUACCUGUUUAUCUUUUCAGUUGCUAUUCAUAUAUUUUCUCAUUACUUUUUAAAGAAAAUUGAUAUAUCCUAAAUUUAUUCUUCCAUUGGAAAACUUAGUUACAUGUAACUUCUGAGCAGAGUUGUCAACUCUUUAUUACAUUUAAUAUAUUAUUAAUAAACUUACUCCAUGUGAUUAGUUUUCCAUGUCAGAUGAGUGUCACAUUUUUUAUAAGUACUUCUUUUUUUAAAAAUUAGAGCAAAUACAGUCAAUGUGUCAUAUAAAGAAAGCUCAGUGACUUGAGGUAAGCUGUUCAUAGAGGACCCAUGUGAAGGACAUAGAAUGACUGCUUUAGACUAUAAGAGACUUAAUUUUCUAAAAAUGCAUAAUGUGUGAGCCAUAUCUCUAUGUGUGAUGUACUAUGUUUAAUGAAAAUAAAACUAUCUAAUAUUAAAUUCUAAAUGGCCAAUCAAAAGUA